GUCAAAGCUCGCUGCCUUGCGCUCGCACACACGGACAACGCAACUCCGCCGAGUUUUGACAGGACGGCAACAAAAGUCAGGAGCGCCGAGCUGGCUUUGAACAGCGUAUUUAUUUCAUGGAGGCUGCUCACAGCGGGAUCUAAGCUCUGCCAGAGUGGUUAAGAGAACAAACACACCAGGAAAGAAAAGGAUCUCCAGCUUGGUUUGGCCUGGCUCUCCAAUUUCUGCAGCAGAUUACAAAGGCCAGGCAGACCUAAGACUCUCUCGGCCUUGAAAGGGAACCAGGCACCACAAUGGGACUCCCCAGCCGGGUCUUGGCCUGUGCCAUCCUCGCUUUGCUGUCCCAGCACGUCACUGGGGGACUCAUCAAGAGAAUCAUCCGGCAGAAGAGGGAGGCUGGGCUGAACGUGACCUUGCCAGAGGACAACCAGCCUGUGGUGUUCAACCAUGUCUACAACAUUAAGCUGCCCGUUGGCUCCCUGUGUUCCGUGGACCUGGACACGGCCAGCGGCGACGCCGACCUGAAGGCGGAAAUUGAGCCCGUCAAGAAUUACGAGGAGCACACGGUGAAUGAGGGGAACCAGAUUGUCUUCACUCACAGGAUUAACAUUCCCCGCCGGGCUUGUGGCUGUGCAGCUGCCCCAGACAUUAAGGAUCUGCUGAGCAGACUAGAGGAGCUGGAGGGGCUGGUCUCCUCCCUGCGGGAGCAGUGCGCCAGCGGGGCUGGAUGCUGUCCUAAUUCCCAGGCAGUAGAAGGUCGCCUGGACACCACACCCUAUUGCAGCGGGCACGGCAACUACAGCAUCGAGAUCUGCGGCUGCGUCUGUGAGCCUGGCUGGAAGGGCCCCAACUGCAGCCAGGCCUCAUGUCCCUCCGACUGCAACGACCAGGGCAAGUGUGUGGACGGGCUGUGUGUGUGCUUCGAGGGCUACACGGGCCCGGACUGCAGCCAGGAGCUCUGCGGCCAGGGCUGCGGCCCCCACGGGCGCUGCGUGGGCGGGCAGUGCGUGUGCCACGAGGGCUUUGUGGGUGACGACUGCAGCGUGCCCCUGUGUCCCCACAACUGCCACGGCCGCGGGCGCUGCGUGGACAGCGAGUGCGUGUGCGACGAGGGCUACACCGGCGAGGACUGCAGCGAGCUCAUCUGCCCCAACGACUGCUUCGACCGCGGGCGCUGCGUGAACGGCACGUGCUUCUGCGAGGAGGGGUUCACCGGGGAGGACUGCGGGGAGCUCACCUGCCCCAACGACUGCCACGGCAACGGGCGCUGUGAGAACGGGCUGUGCGUGUGCCACGAGGGCUUUGUGGGUGACGACUGCAGCGACAGGAGGUGCCCCAAUGACUGCCACCACCGCGGGCGCUGCGUGGGCGGGCAGUGCGUGUGCCACGAGGGGUUCCUGGGCGAGGACUGCGGGGAGCUGCGGUGUCCCAACGACUGCAACAACCGCGGGCGCUGCGAGAACGGGCAGUGUGUGUGCCACGAGGGCUUCAUUGGUGAGGACUGUGGGGAGCUGCGCUGCCCCCACGACUGCCACAACCGUGGGCGCUGUGAGAACGGGCAGUGCGUGUGCCACGAGGGCUUCACCGGGGACGACUGCGGCCAGCUGCGGUGUCCCAAUGACUGCCACAGCCACGGGCUGUGCGUCAACGGGCAGUGCGUGUGCCACGAGGGCUACACGGGCGAGGACUGCGGGGAGCUGCGCUGCCCCCACGACUGCCACCACCGCGGGCGCUGCGUGGAGGGGCGCUGCGAGUGUGACAACGGCUUCACCGGGGAGCACUGCGGCGAGCUGGCCUGCCCCAACAACUGCCACGGGCGUGGGCGCUGCAUCGACGGGCGCUGCGUGUGCCACGAGGGAUUCGUGGGUGAGGACUGCCGGGAACGCUCCUGCCCCAACGACUGCAACAACGCCGGGCGCUGCGUGGAUGGGCGCUGUGUCUGCGAGGAUGGCUACAUAGGGGACGACUGCUCCGAUGUGUCUCCUCCAACUGAGCUGACUGUGACCAACGUGACGGAUAAAACUGUCAAUCUGGAGUGGAAGCACGAGAACCUCGUCAACGAGUACCUCAUCACCUACGUCCCCACCAGCAGUGGGGGCUUGGACAUGCAGUUCACUGUGCCAGGAAACCACACAGCUGCCACCAUCCACGAGCUGGAGCCAGGCGUGGAGUACUUUAUCCGUGUCUUUGCAAUCCUUAAAAACAAGAAGAGCAUUCCAGUCAGCGCCAGGGUGGCCACAUAUCUGCCUGCUCCAGAAGGUCUGAGAUUCAAAUCUGUUCGGGAAACAUCCGUCCAGGUGGAGUGGGACCCUCUGAACUUUUCUUUUGAUGGCUGGGAGCUGGUCUUCCAUAAUAUGAAAAAGGAUGAUAAUGGGGACAUAACCAGCAGCUUGAAAAGGCCAGAGACAUCCUACAUGCAGCCAGGUUUGGCACCUGGGCAACAGUACAAUGUGUCCAUCCACAUAGUGAAGAACAACACCAGAGGACCAGGACUGUCCAAAGUCAUCACCACAAAGCUCGAUGCCCCCAGCCAGGUGGAGGCCAAAGACAUCACCGACACCACGGCUCUCGUCACCUGGUCCAAACCCUUGGCUGAAGUUGAAGGUGUAGAGCUCACUUAUGGCCCCAAGGACAUUCCAGGGGACAGGACAACCAUUGACCUCUCUGAAGAUGAGAACCAAUAUUUCAUUGGCAACCUGAGGCCGCACACAGAGUAUGAGGUGACGCUCGUCUCUCGUCGAGGGGACAUGGAAAGCGACCCUGUGAAGGAAGUUUUUGUCACAGACCUGGAUGCUCCCAGGAACCUGAAGAGGGUGUCCCAGACUGACAACAGCAUCACCCUGGAGUGGAAGAACAGCCACGCCAAUGUCGAUAAUUACCGAAUUAAGUUUGCCCCCAUCUCUGGUGGGGACCACGUGGAGAUUGCGGUGCCCAAGGGCAGCCAGGCCACAACCAGAGCUACACUCACAGGUUUGAGGCCUGGAACUGAAUAUGGCAUUGGAGUGACAGCAGUGAGGAACGACAGGGAAAGUGCUCCUGCCACCAUCAACGCUGGCACUGAUCUUGAUAACCCCAAGGACCUGGAAGUCAGUGAGCCCACAGAGACCACCUUGUCCCUUCGCUGGAGAAGGCCGGUGGCCAAGUUCGACCGCUACCGCCUGGUUUACAGCGGAGCGUCGGGGAAGAAGAGCGAGGUGGAGAUCCCUGUGGACAGCACCUCCUUCCUGCUGCGGGGGCUGGAUCCAGGCACCGAGUACACCAUCAGCCUGCUGGCAGAGAAGGGCAGGCACAAAAGCAAACCCACCACUGUCAAGGGUUCCACGGAGGAGGAACCCGAGCUGGGAGCAUUUUCAGUAGCAGAGACUGGCUGGGAUGGUUUCCAGCUCACCUGGACAGCAGCUGAGGGUGCCUAUGAGAGCUUUGUCCUUCAGGUGCAGGAGCCUGGGCAGCCCGAAGAGACCAGGAAUGUCACAGUGCCGGGGGCCCUGAGCUCUGCCAAUGUCACCGGCCUCAAGGCCAACACUCCUUACACCAUCACCCUUCAGGGGGUCGCUCGGGGCUACAGGACCAAGCCCCUUUCUCUUGAGACCACCACAGGAGAGCAGCCCGGCGUUGCUGAGCUGAUGGUCUCCAAUGUUACCUCCGAAAGCUUCAACCUCUCCUGGACAGCCUCCAACGGGGAUUUUGACGUCUUUACCAUUGAAAUUAUUGAUUCUAACAGGUUGCUGGAGCCCAUGGAGUUCAACCUCUCAGGGGACUCAAGGACUGCUCAUAUCUCAGGGCUUUCUCCCAGCACUGAUUUCAUUGUCUACCUCUCCGGGAUCUCUGGCGGGUUCCGCACACAGGCAAUCAGUGCUGCAGCUACCACAGUACAGGAACUUCUCCUUAGCAAACUCAGUGUACCAAACGCUACCUCAGACAGCCUGUCACUCUCCUGGGAGGCACAGGACAAGGCCUUUGAGCAUUUUAUUCUGGAAGUCAGGAACUCUGACUUCCCCUUGGACUCCCUGGUGCUCACGGUGCCGGGGGACUCCCGGCACUCUGUAGUGACCAACCUCAAAGCUGCCACUAAUUACACAGUCCAGCUCCAUGGGGUAAUUGAUGGGCAAGGUGGGCAGACCUUGACAGCCAUGGCAACCACAGAGGCUGAGCCACAGCUGGGCACGCUCACCCUCACAAACGUUACCCCCGACAGCUUCAACCUGUCCUGGAGCAGCCGAGCCGGGCCCUUGGCCUCGUUCCUUUUCCCAAGCCGGGAUUCCCUGGAGGUGCCGGGGGGCUCCACUGCCCACCCUGCCCUUGGCACUCCCACCCCGGGCACCACCAGCACAGGGCUCCACACACAGCCCCUCGCUGCCCCUGGCUCCACAGAGGCCAUGCCCCCACUGGAAAACCUAACAGUGUCUGAUAUGAACCCCUAUGGGUUCACAGUGUCCUGGAUGGCAUCCGAGAAUGCCUUUGACAACUUUCUAGUAGUCGUGGUGGACUCUGGCAAGCUGCUGGACCCACAGGAGUUCCUCCUUUCGGGAGCCCAGAGAGAACUGAAGCUUAAAGGCCUAAUUACUGGCAUUGGCUAUGAGGUUUUGCUUUAUGGGUUUGCCAAGGGGCACCAAACAAAGCCCCUGAGCGCUCUGGCUGUUACAGAAGCAGAACCCGAGGUGGACAACCUUCUGGUUUCAGACGCGACUCCAGAUGGAUUCCGUCUCUCCUGGACUGCGGAUGACGGGGUUUUCAACAGUUUUGUUCUAAAAAUCAGGGACACCAAAAGGAAAUCUGACCCCCUGGAGCUGAUAGUGCCAGGCCAUGAGCGCACCCAGGAUAUCACAGGGCUGAAAGAGGGCACUGAAUAUGAGAUUGAGCUCUAUGGAAUUAGCAGUGGACAACGCUCCCAGCCCGUAAAUGCAGUAGCAUCCACAGUGGUUGGCUCUCCCAAGGGAAUUUCUUUCUCUGACAUCACGGAAAACGCUGCCACAGUCAGCUGGAUCCCCCCUCGCUCCCGCGUGGAAAACUUCCGCAUCUCCUACGUCCCCGUCACGGGAGGUACUCCAAAUGUUGUCACAGUCGAAGGGAGCAAGACAAGGACCAAGCUGGUGAAGUUGGUCCCAGGUGUGGACUACAAUGUCAGCAUCAUCUCUGUGAAAGGCUUUGAAGAAAGCGAGCCCAUCUCUGGCACCCUGAAAACAGCUCUGGACAGCCCAUCAGGCCUGGUAGUGGUGAACAUCACAGACUCUGAGGCUCUGGCAACCUGGCAGCCAGCAAUUGCUGCUGUGGAUAACUACGUGGUGUCCUACUCCUCUGAGGAAGAGCCAGAAGUGACCCAGAUGGUCUCGGGGAACACGGUGGAGUACGACCUGAAGGGUCUCCAGCCGGCCACCGAGUACACGCUGAGCAUCCACGCGCAGAAGGACGCGCAGAGGAGCGAGAGCCUCUCCACCCACUUCACCACAGGGCUGGAUGCUCCCAGGGAUUUGAGUGCUGCUGAGGUGCAGUCAGAAGCUGCUGUGAUAAACUGGAGGCCUCCCCGUGCUCCAGUCACUGGCUAUCUCCUCAUCUAUGAAUCCAUCGAUGGCAGCGUCAAGGAAGUCAUCCUAGACCCUGGGACAGGUUCCUACAGCCUGGCAGAGCUGAGCCCCUCCACGCAGUACACGGUGAAACUGCAGGCCCUGAGUGGGGCCCUGAGGAGCAAAAUGAUCCAGACCAUCUUCACCACCACUGGGCUCCUCUAUCCCUACCCCAAGGACUGCUCCCAGGCCCUGCUGAAUGGAGAAGCCACCUCUGGGCUCUACACAAUUUACCUGAACGGGGACAAGGCUCAGCCUCUGCAAGUGUUCUGUGACAUGGGCGAGGAUGGGGGCGGAUGGAUCGUGUUCCUGAGGCGUCAGAAUGGAAAGCAAGAUUUCUACAAGAACUGGAAUACUUAUGUGGCAGGGUUUGGAGAUCCUAAGGAUGAAUUCUGGAUAGGUCUGGAGAACCUGCACAAAAUCACAUCUCAGGGCCAGUACGAGCUGCGGGUGGAGCUGAGGGACAAGGGGGACGAGGCCUACGCGGUGUACGACCGCUUCAGCGUGGGCGACGCCAAGAGCCGCUACCGCCUGCGGGUGGACGGCUACAGCGGCACGGCGGGUGACUCCAUGACCUACCACAACGGGAGGUCCUUCUCCACCUUUGACAAGGACCACGACUCUGCCAUCACCAACUGUGCUCUGUCAUACAAAGGAGCUUUCUGGUACAAGAACUGUCACCGAGUCAACCUGAUGGGCAGAUAUGGUGACAACAGCCACAGUCAGGGCGUCAACUGGUUCCACUGGAAGGGCCACGAGUAUUCCAUCCAGUUUGCAGAGAUGAAGCUGAGACCCUCCAGCUUCCGCAACCUGGAGGGGCGGCGGAAGCGAGCGUAGAGCCCCGGGGGGCUGGGGAGGGGAUGGAGAGGGGAUGGAGAGGGG